ACCAGGACUAACUGUAAUGGUAUGAAUCGCUCCGUUGUUGGAGGUCUUUAGCUGGAACUUCUCAACGAAUAACGGUUACUGGAAUCCACAACCCAACACCAAUAGUCGGACUAUCCAACAAUGGAAGUAGUUAUAGCUUCAUCCUCAGACGACGCCGGCAUCGGUUGCUGGGACCUAAGAACGGGGGCCGAAAAACUCCGCUACAAAACCUGCGCCUCCCCUCCACAUGGACUCGUGUCUGUAGGUGGCCGCUUCCUUGCCUCUUCUCAGCUCCGUGAACCUUCAGCCUCCUCAGGCUCCGUCCUCUUUUGGUCCUGGUCUAAGCCUCAACCUGAAGUUAAGAGCUUUCCUGCAGAACCCAUUAAGCCACUUGCUGCCAACAGCUUAGGCACUUAUAUUGUUGGUGGAGGUUCAUCCGGCAAUAUUUACCUUUGGGAGGUUGCAACAGGUAGACUUCUAAAGAAGUGGAAAGCACAUCUUAGGGGAGUCACGUGCUUGGUUUUCUCUGAGGAUGAUUCCCUCCUUAUUUCUGGAUCAGAGGAUGGAUGCAUUAGAGUUUGGUCACUUUUCAGAAUCUUUGAUGAUGUUCAAAGCCAGCAGGCGAGUCAUCUCUACGAGCAUUCUAUUACAGAGCAUUCUCUGCCUGUAACUGACAUUGUCACAGGUUAUGGAGGAUGCAAUGCAAUUCUUGUGUCUGCUUCUAAGGAUAGAACGUGUAAGGUUUGGAGCUUAUCCGAAGGAAGAUUAUUAAGAAACAUUGUAUUUCCCUCUGAAAUUGAUGUAAUUGCUUUGGACCCUGGUGAACAUGUCUUCUAUGCUGGCAGUCGGGAUGGUAAUAUCUAUAUUGUAGCACUUCAUGCAGAAAGCAAACCUAGCAAAGUUUUUGGGAUGCAUAUCAUUGGUUUAUUAUCUGAUCACAGUAAGCCUGUGACUUGCUUGGCGUACAGUAAAGAAGGGAAUUCAUUGCUAUCUGGUUCAGAGGAUGGUAUGGUUAAAGUUUGGGACCUGAAAACCCAAAACAUCAUUCGCAUGUUCAGACAUGCAAAAGGUCCGGUGAACAAUAUUCUUAUUGUUAAACCACAGUCGUCCCCCAAUCUAUCAAAACGGCAUGGUUCACUGUUGCCACCUCCUCUAGAAAAAUAUGCCAAUUCAUCAGAUAAAGAGACAGAUAAUAAGGCCGUCAUUGCUCUUCAGGCUACUAUUAGUAGCACUCCCGAGCCAUUUUAUUAUAGUUCUCAAUUAAUCAAUGAUCACAUUAAAGAACUUCAGCAACAAGGUAGUGCUGCAGCUGAAAUAGAUGUGGAGAGGCUAAAGCUUGACUGCAAAAGAUCUAUGCAAAUGCUUCAGCAAUGGAAGAAAAUGUAUGACAAUUUGCAUGAGUUCUGUGUUGAUGAGCUCUUGGAUGGGCACCAAGUGCCAGGAUCCGAAGGAAACUCAGCCUGAGAUGGUUAACUUAGCAUAAAACGGUUACAAGUUUUCCUGGUACGGUGUCCUACCUAUGAGGUGGUAUUUGUCUAGUUUGAAAUCAUUUAUUUUGUUAGAAAAUUUUCCUUUUAAAAUUAGCAACACGAAGAUUGGCUUUCAUUUAUGUUUGCAAAUUAACAAUUGUGACAACAUGAAUUCUUUGAGGCAAUACAUACUACUUACCAUUAUAUUCUCCCAGCUCUGGUUUUGUAUUUUGCAUGGGACAAGAAUCCCUAGAAAAUUUUGCUCCACCAUAAAACUUUCAAGCAUUCGCUCGAAAAGUUAUGGAACAAUAUUAUCUAUCUAGCAUACUCUAGAAAGUGUUACCGAAAGAUUCAUUACAGAUGUAACUAUUCAUUUGUAAGUUGUAUGAGUGAAGAACCUUCCAUGAUUCCAUGAUUUUACUACAGAAUCUAAGCACAAGUGAGAUGUUAUGAGUUAAUUGCAAACUUAUAACAUUCAUUUCCUUAUAAUGGAGUAAAUUAUCUUUGCGCAU